UUUUUGAAUCGCUGGAUUUGUAAAAUUCAAGAUUGAAGAUUGAAAAAAUUACGGUGAAAAAUGAAUAAAUUAGCGUCAUUGUUUCUGCUUAUCGCUACGAUUUCAUCGAUUAAUUGUGAAUUAUGUGCACGUUUAGGUCGUCAUAUUCUUCAACAUCAAUGUGUUUUAACACCUGAAGGUACUGAAGGACCAUAUUAUUUACCAUAUCAUUUGGUUCGUAGUGAUAUACGUGAAAAUCGUCCUGGACUGCAAUUUAAAUUAAAAUUUAAAGUUACUGAUAUUACUAAAUGUGAACCAAUGAAAAAUGUAACCAUUGAUAUAUGGCAAGCUGAUGCAUUAGGUACAUAUUCUUCGUAUACAAAAAAUCUACCAACAACAGUACCAAAAUCCGUUUUACAUGCUGAUCCAACUGAUAAUACAACAUUUUUACGUGGCGUACAAAUUACCGAUGAUAAUGGUGAAGUUGAAUUUAUGACUGUUUUUCCCGGACAAUAUGCAUUUCGUACACCACAUAUACAUUUACAAGCACAUGUAAAUGGUACAACCGUUCAUGUAGCACAAUUAUAUUUUGAAAAUUCCCUGAAUAAUCGUAUGGCAAGAUUAACACCAUAUAAACAACGUGUUAAUAAAGAAAUCCGUAAUGAAGAUGAUUAUAUAUUUCGUCGUGAUAAUGGUGAUGCAACAAUUAUACAUAAUAUUAAGCCAUUGGAUGGUAAACGUUUAUCCAGAGGUUUGAAUGGUGAAAUGAUUAUCGGUAUCGAUCCAUCGCAUGAAUCAUCAUCAGCAUUACAUGGCCGUCAAGAAUGAAAAGCAAAAAAUCGUUGAUGACGGAAAUUGGAAAAAAUACAGAGCAAAGAUUUUUUUAUUGAUCAUUUUGUUGACAUGAAGAAACCAGAAAGAGAGAAAACCUCGAACAGCCAGGAUUAUAAUUGUUUGACAAUUAUCCUUCCCUUUCAUUCAAAUAUCAUUACAAAUCGAGUUUGAGUAGCCAUGAACAAGUCUUUUUUCAAAUUAAUCUUUAGAAACUACAAAUAUCCUUGUUGUCUUUGUCAACGUAAACAAUAUU